AUGGGUUAUUAUCCAUCAGUAACCUUAACAGUAAAAACAUAACUUGCUCCUAAAAUCAUUCAAAUUUUUUGGUUUGCUUUAAAUAUUUUAAUUGAAUAAAAUUAAAAGGGCUCUCAUCCUGAAAGAGUAUCAGCAAGAUAUUUAGAAUAAUUCAAACAGUGAAAAGAAAUAAUAUUUUGAUAUCCAGACUCUAAAAUAAGAAGCAAAAGUUUAAAUAAUCCUUUCAGAUUGGUAAUUAUUACUUCUAGAAUUUGAACAAUUUAUUACAAAUAAAAAAUAGUAAAAUCAGAAGUGUUAGUUUUAAAAUAAAUAGAUCAAACAGUAAAAUCAAAUAAUAUUAAUUUAGCAACAGAAUCUGUGAAUAUUUAAAAAAGAUACUAGGAUAAAUUCUCUUAAUAUUAUAUGAAACUUUUAUUUUAUUUUUCAAAUAAAUGGAUUUAUUAAUAAAAAUGAACUUGCAAGAAGGUGUGAAUAAUUGA